CACUCGCGUUCCAACAACGGGGAUUUCCGAGCGAUCGUAGCCGGGCGAAGGUCCUGCCACGUCAGUCGUUGGUCGUAACUGCUCUCGUUGAUAUGAACUUUGUCGAUCCUAUGAUGAUUUCACGUUCACAACAUUAGUGGAUAUCAGUGAGCCAUGGAGGAGAGCCACUUGAAUCCACAGGAGGAAGAGGAGGAGAAGGAGGAAGGGGAGCUAGAAGACGGAGAACUAGAAGACGAGGAGGAGGAGGAGCCGCAGCAGCAGCAGGAAGGGAGCGGGAAGCAGGAGGAACCAGCACAAGAGCCGGAGGAUGGAACGGCAGCCGUGGGGGGCGUUCAGGGUAGCUCUCCUUCCCGGCCGAACCACCACCACCACCAUCACCACCACCACCACCAGCAUCACCAGCAUCAUCAGCACCAGCAGGAGGAGGACAAGGAGGGAGGCAAGGAGGGGGAGCUCGGGGCUGAAGAUGGCCCACUAGCGGAGGGGGACCACAAGGGAGAGGAAGAAGGGAGGAAGAGAGAGGGCAAGUUGAGCAAAGAAGAGAGGAAGAGGAAGCACAAAGAUGAUGAUGAAGAGAGAGAAAAGAGAAGGAAGAAGAAGAAAAAGAGGAAACAUGUAAGCAGUGAGGAGGAAGAAGACGACUUGUCUCCUGUGCCGAAGUUCCACCGGAAGAUGAUCCCGCAACCUUUUGAUGGCAACAUGGGCUUUGACGCCAUGCUGCAGCAAGAAAUGUACCUGAGGGGCCGUUCCCCCCCACCGGGCAUGAUGCCCUACGGACCGCCCCCACCUGGAGCGUUUGGCCCCCCACACCCCAUGUUUAGGGGGCAUCCAAUGUCAGAUUUUGACUCGUUUGAUUCUGGUUCGGAUUCUGAGAUGCGUGAGAGGCGCAGAAGACGCAGGAGGCACAGACGGUCAAGGUCGCGAUCUCGUUCCCCAUCUUUCAAGAAUGAAGCCAUUUGUAUGUACUAUAUGCAAGGAAGCUGCAAAAGAGGCAAAGCAUGUCCCUACUCGCAUGAUAUUCAGCCACAGCGUAAGAUGGAGCUGUGCAAAUUCUACAUGAUGGACUGCUGUGCCAAGAAGGAGAAAUGCCUCUACAUGCACAAGGAUUUUCCUUGCAAGUAUUACCAUACAGGUCUCCGCUGCAAGCUGGCUGCAAAGUGUAAAUUUAGCCAUGGGCAACUAUCAGACUCUGCCAAGCAGAUACUACUUAAGCACAUAGAACUUGCCCCUAAAGACAUCUUGGGAGACUUUCCACGGCUGACCAAGGAGGCUGCCCAGCUGGUAGUAGAUAUCACAGAGGGCCACCGACGUGGCCAGCCUCUCAAUGUGGAGAACAUCCCUGGCAUCAUGGAUAUGAAGGGCAGGGGAUUCAAGUACGUGGACAAGGCCAUCCGUGCCCUGGAGAAGAAGCAAGAGAAGAAUCUACUUAAGGAGCAGGAAGAGCAGGAUCACGAGGAGGGGCAAGGUGGGGCAGGAACUGGAGACGGGGGUGGCUUGGACCACCCACAGCAGCACUAUGACCAACAGCAGCACCACCAGCAUCAUCAGCAUUCCCAUCAACAGCAGCAACAUCAGCACUCUUCCAAGCAGGAGAAAUUGCCAAAGCACAGUCGUGAAGAGCAGGAGGGCAUUGCAUCCCCCAGGCAUGGUGGGACACCUCCACACAUGAAUGAAUUAGUGAAUGGUGAGGGACAGCAGCCUGGCUUUGGGAGCCAGGGAGGGAACUCUAGUCACAUGGGACCCAACCCGGGUAGGAAGUUGGGCCGAUUCAUGGCUGGCAUGCCACAGAAGCAGCGGGAACUAUUCCAGCGUAUUCAGCAACAGCACUCUGUCCAUGAUGACCAUGAGGAAGGGACAGGAGAGAUGGGGGGGAUGGAUGACUCUGCCCCAGGCACUAGCAAUGUCAACUGGUAUUCCAGCGAUGAAGAGGGGGAUGGCUCUUCGCCCACUAAGUCACAUGCACAAAGUGCAAUGCAGUCGUCCAACAACUUGUCCCCAAGUCGGACGCCCCCGCUGCCCCAUCAGACCUCAGCUACGUCGCCAUCUCAUGGGGGCAUGACACCCCCAGGCAGACCAGGCAGUAGUCCUGGCAGCUCUGCAUCCUCCACCACUCCAAAGACCCCGUUCUCCAACAUCAACUUGGCCAGCAUCAACAUCUCCUCGGACCUGGCAAGUGUUUUGUCAGCUCUAAAGAGUCAGAAUGCAGCUAGUACCAAUAGAAGCAGUGAUGAAUCAGGAAGAGGGCAGGUGCCGCAGUCCCCUCGAAGAAGAGACCCCAGAGAGAUGCCAAGAGAACUGUCUCAAGACAUGUCCCGAGAUCCCAGGGAAGUUUCACGGGACUUCAGGGACAUUAGUGAGCAGCGUGACCUGCCCAGAAGUCAGUCCCAUGGGUCUCGUGACCCUCGGUCCGACUCACAGAGACUGGACUCGGAUUAUUCCCAGAGUCCGUGGGUGAGAGAUCAGCAGUCCAUGGGGGGUCGCUGGGAUUCCCAGAGGGAUUUGGAUUCCCAGAAAGAGGGGAGAGGUCUGCGAGGAUCAUUCUCUGAGUCAAGAGAUUCGGGCGACCUUGACCAGAGGCAGAGGACAGGGGAUGUUGACCUCCGAGUACUGCCAGGGAUUGAGGACAGCAGACCCCAAGGCCAGGAGGUUAAGGGGUUGACACAGGACACAGACAUGAGAAUCUCUAGUGAGCCAUCGAUAUACGAUGUGGAUUUAAGGCAGCUCAAUCCGCCUGGCACUUUCAAAGACAAUGAUGAGGACCCUAACUCCCUUCCCUUUAAGGUUCCUGUUCACACGCCAGCCAAAGAAAUUGUUGCUUCCAUAUCUUCCCAUUCACCCAUGUAUUAUCAGUUGGUGAAGGUGUGCAUUCCAAAACCAAACUUUUCACAUCUUAAAAUAAACAAAGAUGACCCAAAGAUACUUGAGGACCCAAGGCUAAGGAAGAUGCUGCGGCGCAAUUCCACAGAAGAUUCCUCCAAAGGAAGUCCGAGAACGCCAUCUAGAUAUGAGUUUGACGGUCCAAUGAGUCCUCCGCCAUAUGUUGCUCCCAGCAAGAGUGAGCCCAAACCCACUGAAACGGAGUCUAGAGAUCCAAGGAAGCCUGGUUCAAGGGACCCAAGGGCUGAGCCACGUGGGGAUCCUCGCUCUGAGCCGCGUGCAGAACCCAGAGGAGAUCCUAGAGUGGGCACUCGGAGUGACCCACGGAUGGGGAGUAGGGGAGACCCUAGAACAGAGUCUCGAGAUCCCAGAAGUGAGCCGAUGGGUGACAUGCGCAAUCAGGACCCAAGAAUGUUUGGUGGCGGUAAUGGGGGUGGUAUGAUGGAUGGAGGAGGAAUGCCUUUCAACAAUAUGGGUCCAGGGCCCAUGGGAGGAAUGAUACCACCACGUAAUGUGGAUCCCAGGGGACGGCCAGGCCUACUGGGUCCUGCGCCUAUGGCCUUCCCAAGCAAUGUUCCUCCUGGCAUGGGGCCCAGGAUGCCCCCAUACAUGAUGGGGCAGAUGGGACCAGGACCUAAUGGUGGGUUCUAUCCAGAUGAAGGCAAUGACAUGAUGGGGGGAGGGGGGUAUCCCCAGGGAGGGCCUGGAUGGGGGGGUCGAAUGAUGUCAAAUGACCCCAGGUUAAAGAGAGACAUGAGUGAUGGAGGCAGGUCGUACACACCACCUCCUGUGUCCUAGUUAUGAGCCCAGCAAGGAUACUCGUUAAGCUGUGAUGUUUGCCAUGUUGGCAUUUUAGAAUGUAGCUGUUAAGUUAUUUCAUCUGCUAUAGUUAGCAGGCCAGUGAUUAAGUGGGUAUUACUUAAAAAGUUGGCCUAAUAAUUAGGCUUCAAACUUGUAGAAUCAAUAUUUGAUCCCAUGUCUGUGUGUUCAAGUAGUGUGCUGUUUAGCACAUCAGUGGUGAUCAUGAAUGUGUGAGUGUUUGUUGAGUCAUUUGUGUAACUUUUCCUAUGUUGUAUGUGAAAUAAUUCAAGAUCAAAACUCAAAUGGACAAAAACUUGCUCAUCAUAACUUUUAUGGAUUGUAAGUUGUGUGUAAUUUUGUUUUCAGAUGGAUGAUAUGUUUGCCUAUUCUGUGUUUUCUGUUCCUUAGUCUUCCUCCAUGUGCAGCUCUGUGGUGUGCGAGGGUCAUGCCGAUGUGGAAUUUUAAGGUAGACUGGUGUAUAAAAUGUGAUCAAGAGGUUAAUCUUGUUUGUAAAUAUCUUUUCUCUUUUGUCACACCAGGCUGGAAAUUCCUCAUCUUGAUGUACCAAACUGUAUAUCUGUAUCUGUUUUAUCUGUUCUCCAUUAACUCAGAAAUUAAGGAAUGACUUAUUUCUUGGUAAUUGUGACCAGUCCUAUAUAUAUGUAUUUGUAUAUAUAGUUGGGUAAUUUAUUGCAUUCUUAUUGUUAAUUAUUUCAGUACAAAGGGAUUGAGUCCCCUCUUACCUUUAGAGAACUGUAAGUACCAAGUUUUAAUCUGAAUUAUAAGAUAAGAUUUCUCGCGUGCUGCAGUGGUGAAGGCGAGUCUGUAAUGCCCCAGUAGCUGUUACUUUUUCAGCUUCAGUAGUGGAUCACACAUUGCUCUGCCUUUUCUUAACAUGUACAUUUUAUUUGGUAACUUUGAAAGGCUGUUGACACUAUGUUGGGCACUGCCUGUAUGUGAUGAAAACUGCCUACUCUUCAGUGCACAAAUCUGUUAAGUUUUUGCAAUACCAUGGAUAUUAGGGUGGGAAAACUUGCAAUAUAGUUACUUAUGAGGCAGAAAUGUUUGGUAGAAAGUGAAACCUAUAAAAGAUCUAUAGGGUUUGUAUAUGACACUGAUAUUAAAAAUCAGGUGAUUAAUAUAAGCCAUAAUAUAAUUUACUAAGUUAAUUGAAAAAAAUAUUGAUUGGUCAUUUUACAUUUUUCUUUUUUCUUGCAUACUUCUCAUGUUUUAGCAUUGAUUGACAACUUGUUAUGAAAGUAAUUUACUAGAUAAUGAAAAUUUUGAUUAAUUUUUGCAAGUUCAGUUGAAUAUUUAAUUAUGUGUGUCAGAGAAGAUUCUUCCAUAACAAGGCCAGUGGCUAUUACAGUCUUGCUUAUUACUAUACAUCUGGUUGUCAGUAAUUCAGUAUGCAGCCUACCACAUUCAUAUACUUCUUGUACAUGACAUGCAAACAUUUUAGAGACAAUAAUAUAUAGGUGAGGCAGAGCUACACAUUCAGUGGCACAACAUACAAAUAGAUAAUACACAAUGUACAAAAACAGAGUAAUGGACACACAUGUAUGUGACGACCCACAAAACAAAAGAGGCAUUUCUCUUUGUGAUACUUUCCACUUCCAGAUGUAAUGGUAAUGCAGAGGCUUGUCUAGAUCAAUUAAUUUUGCAAUGCCUCAGUGUGGUGUAGGUUACAAUUUUUUUUUUCUGUAAGGAUAUAUCGCCAAUUGAUAAUUAUUACGGCUUUUAUUACCUUUUUUUUAUAUAAUGAAGACAUGACACAUCUUGGAGAACAAACAGAUUAAUAUUAAAGGUUAGAACUUGCCACUCCUUUCCUUUCACUUGGUCCUUUUCUCCUCUGUUUUAUUCUUUUUGAACUUGCUCCCUUAUCCCCCCCCCCUCUCUUCUCCCUAGUCCCUUUGAGUCCCACUGACUCUUCAUUGUACCAGAUAAGAUUAAACAACAGAGACCUUUGCUAUUUAUUUGCAACUAUUCUAGUAAAAUUGGAUGGACAGUUCUUAA